CCACACACACACACCUUAUGCAAAUGGUAAAGCUCAGAAACCGAGAGAGAGAGAGAACGAGAGUAGGAGGCUUUAUUUACUUAGGAAGCCGAGUGCAGCUAGUUUUGCAGCCUUACUCAAACAAAAUGUGUGUGUACGCAGUGAGUGUGUGAGAGCGAUUAAAGAGCUUUGCAUCGCCUGCAGCCGAGAAGAGGUGAAAGAGGGGAGAACAUUUGUUCUUACUUUACCUUUUUCUCCCUUCAUCUACACAUGUGAUUCUUCUGUUUUUACCUGAGAUUAAGGAAAGGAGGAAUCACUUAAAGGAUAAGGUUUUUUUUUAACGGACAAAACAGCAUGGCGCGGCUUAGCAUUCAAUGAUGAAACGCUUAGAUGCACGCGCACACCUGGAGAGUUUGUUUUAAAGCAAACUUUUUUGCAUCUGGGAAUGUAAACAUUUUGGGCUCUUUUUUUGUGUUUUAUUUGUCUUUCAACCUUCUGUUGUUUGUUUUGUGCCAUGCUUGAGACUUCUGGCUAACAGAGGCAGAGGUGCUUUCUUCAUUUGUUUUGGAUGAAAGCUGAGCGCGCGGGUUCAUAUUGAAAGCUAGCGAGUUUUACAUUAAAAGAGAGGAGGCAUGGAUUUUGAUCAGCGGGAACCUGAGCCAUGUCUCUCGGCAGCUGCCUUUGUAAACCAGCUGCAAUAUUCCAACAUCCUGGAGGGCCGUUUCAAACAGCUGCAAGAUGAGAGAGAAGCAGUGCAGAAGAAGACCUUCACUAAAUGGGUGAACUCUCACCUGGGCCGUGUCACCUGUAGGAUCGGUGACCUGUACACCGACCUCCGCGAUGGGCGCAUGCUUAUCCGGCUGCUGGAGGUUCUCUCCGGGGAACAACUGCCAAAGCCCACCAAGGGCCGUAUGCGCAUCCACUGUCUGGAGAAUGUUGACAAGGCUUUGCAGUUCCUGAAAGAACAGAAGGUUCAUCUGGAGAACAUGGGGUCUCACGAUAUUGUUGAUGGAAACCACCGUCUCACACUCGGUCUCAUCUGGACCAUAAUCCUUCGUUUCCAGAUCCAAGAUAUUAGCGUUGAGACGGAAGACAACAAGGAGAAGAAAUCAGCCAAAGACGCUCUGCUGCUAUGGUGUCAGAUGAAGACUGCAGGGUACCCGAAUGUCAACGUCCACAACUUCACCACCAGCUGGAGAGAUGGUCUAGCGUUCAACGCCAUUGUGCACAAACACAGGUCAGACUUGAUUGACUUUGAUAAUCUCAAGCGGUCUAAUGCGCACUAUAACCUGCAGAAUGCCUUUAACGUGGCCGAGAAGGAGUUGGGUCUUACAAAGCUACUAGACCCAGAAGAUGUGAAUGUUGACCAGCCUGAUGAGAAAUCCAUCAUCACAUAUGUGGCCACAUACUACCACUACUUCAGCAAAAUGAAGGCACUCGCUGUAGAGGGGAAGAGAAUUGGCAAGGUGCUGGACUAUGCUAUCGAGGCUGAUCAGCUGAUUGAGAAAUAUGAGACUCUGGCCUCAGAGUUGCUGCAGUGGAUUGAACAGACUAUUUUCACCCUGAAUGACCGCCAGCUCGCUAACUCACUCAGUGGGGUUCAGAACCAGUUACAGGCCUUCAACACCUACCGCACCGUAGAGAAACCACCUAAGUUCACUGAAAAGGGAAAUUUGGAGGUUUUGCUCUUCACUAUUCAAAGUAAAAUGAGAGCAAACAAUCAGAAAGUCUACAUGCCAAGAGAGGGCAAACUCAUCUCUGACAUCAACAAGGCAUGGGAGAGGUUGGAGAAAGCAGAACAUGAAAGGGAGUUGGCACUGAGAAACGAGCUGAUUCGUCAGGAGAAGUUGGAGAUGUUGGCCGCACGCUUUGACCGCAAAGCAGCUAUGAGAGAGACCUGGCUUAGCGAGAACCAACGACUAGUGUCACAGGACAAUUUUGGUGUUGACCUGGGUGCUGUGGAAGCAGCCACUCGGAAACACGAGGCCAUCGAGACAGACAUCCAGGCGUACGGUGAGCGUGUGGCUGCCGUAGAAGCCGUUGCUCGAGAACUAGAGGCGGAGGGAUAUCAUGAAGUGCGGCGCAUACUGGCACGGAGGGAUAAUGUGCUCAGGCUGUGGGAGUAUCUGAAGGAACUACUUGCGGCACGGCGAGAGAGGUUGAUGGCACACGGAGACCUGCAGCGCCUCCUGCAGGAAAUGAGAUACAUCAUGGACUGGAUGGAAGAUAUGAAGAGUCGUCUGCAAUCUCAGGACAGUGGGAAACACCUUCAUGACGUACAGGACUUACUGCAAAAACACACUCUUGUGGAAGCUGAUAUAUCAGCACAGGCUGAAAGAGUGAAAGCCGUGCAGGCUUCUGCCAAGAGAUUUACGUCAAACGAACAGAACUAUAAGCCCUGUGACCCGGCGCUGGUUGAGGAGAAGGUGGAUCAACUGGGCCAAGCAUAUGGAGAAUUGGGCCAGCUGGCAGCGGAAAGAAGAGCUCGUCUGGAUGACUCGCAAAGGCUGUGGCAGUUCCUGUGGGAGCUGGGAGAGGAGGCAGCCUGGAUCAGAGAGCAGGAGCAGAUCCUCUCCGGAGGAGACUAUGGAAAGGACCUGAGCUCCGCUCUUCACCUCCUCUCUAAACACGAGGCCUUCCGAGAUGAGAUGGCAGCCCGGUAUGGCCCUCUGGGGAACAGCAUUGCUGGGGGAGAGGCUCUGGUGAAGGAAGGGCACUUUGGAGCACCUGAGGUGACUGAGCGAAUUAUGGACGUGAGAGCACAGUGGGAACACCUGGAGGAGGUCUCUAAGUUGCGUGAGCAGAGGCUACAAGAGUCUGUAGCUUUUCAUCAGUUCCAGACAGAUGCAAAUGACAUGGAGGCCUGGAUACUGGAAACACUAAGACUGGUGUCGAGUCAAGAGGUGGGCCAUGAUGAGUUUUCCACACAGACUCUGGCCAGAAAACAGAGAGAGGUGGAGGAGGAGAUUCAGAGUCACCAAUCACUCACAGACUCACUGCAUGAACAAGCCUCAACACUACCUGCAGCUUACGCACAGUCCCCACAGGUUGAAGGCCGUCUCCCAGCGAUAAAGCAGCAGUAUGAGGAGUUAGAGGGGUUGUCAUCAUCAUGGAAACAGGUCUUAGAUGGAGCGCUUGCGUUGUACCGCAUGUUCAGUGAAGCUAGCGCCUGUCAGCUGUGGGUCGGAGAAAAAGAACAGUGGCUGCACAACAUGGAGAUCCCCUCCAAACUAGAAGACCUGGAGGUGGUCCAGCAGAGGUUUGAAACUCUAGAGCCAGAGAUGAACACACUGGGCUCUCGUGUAUCUGAUGUCAAUGAAGUGGCCCAACAGCUGCUUGGAUCAGACAACCGCAACAAAGAGCAGAUUAACCAGACACAGGACCAACUCAAUAACAGGUGGUCUGAUUUCCAGAGUUUGGCCAACCAGCGUAAGCAAGCUUUAGAAUCUGCACUGAAUAUCCAGAACUAUCAUCUAGAGUGUAAUGAGAUCAAGAGCUGGAUGAAGGAGAAGACCAAAGUCAUUGAGUCCACACAGAGCCUUGGAAACGACCUGGCUGGUGUCAUGGCCCUGCAACGCAAGCUUACUGGUAUGGAGAGAGACCUCGAGGCUAUACAGGGAAAGCUGGAUGACCUGCGUUCCGAGGCUGAGAAAUUGACGUCUGAGCAUCCUGACCAGGCUGAGGAGAUUAUGGGUCGUCUGGCUGAAAUCCAGGAGGUGUGGGAGGAGCUUCGAGCCACCAUGAAGCGGCGCGAAGAGUCAUUGGGUGAAGCCUCCAAGCUCCAGGGCUUCCUCAGAGACCUUGAUGACUUCCAGGCCUGGCUGUCUCGUACACAGACCACUGUGGCUUCUGAAGACACGCCUACUUCUCUGGCAGAAGCAGAACAUCUGCUCGGUCAACAUGAGGCCAUAAAAAAUGAAGUGGACAAUUACAAGGAAGAUUAUGAGAAGAUGAGAGCUACCGGAGCUGAGGUAACACAGGGUCAGACGGAUGCACAGUACAUGUUCUUAGCCCAGCGGCUGCAAGCAUUGGACACAGGCUGGCAUGAGCUGAGGAGGAUGUGGGAGAGCCGCCACUGUGUCCUUGCUCAGGCCUUCGACUUCCAAACCUUGCUACGAGAUGCAAAACAGGCAGAGGGCUUUCUCAACAGCCAGGAGUAUGUCCUGUCACACACAGAGAUGCCAUCCAGCCUGCAAGGGGCACUUGAGGCCAUCAAGAAACAUGAGGACUUCCUCACCACCAUGGAGGCCAGUGAGGAGAAGAUCAACUGUGUGGUUGAGUCAGGGCGGAGACUUGUAUCCGAUGGUAACACCUAUGAAGACAAAAUUCAGGAGAAGACAGACUCUAUUCAGGAGAGACACCAGAAGAACAAGGAAGCUGCUAAUGAGCUGCUGACCAAAUUGAAGGAUAACAGAGAGCUGCAGCACUUCCUACAGGAUGGACAAGAACUGACUCUGUGGAUAAAUGAGAAGAUGUUGACGGCUCAGGACAUGUCGUAUGAUGAGGCCAGAAACCUUCACAGCAAGUGGCAGAAGCACCAGGCCUUCAUGGCUGAGCUCGCUUCCAAUAAAGACUGGCUGGACAAGAUCGACAAGGAGGGUCAGGCAUUAGUAAAGGAGAAGCCUGAGUUGGAGCAGACAGUAUCUGAGACUCUGAGUGGUCUGCAGAAGCAGUGGGACGAGCUGGAGAGCACCACCCAAGCCAAAGCUCAGUGUCUGUUUGACGCUAACCGAGCCGAGCUCUUCACACAGAGCUGCUCGGCGCUGGACUCCUGGCUUCAGAACAUCUCCUCUCAACUCCAGAGCGAUGACUUUGGAAAAGAUCUCACUAGCGUCAACAUUUUGCUCAAGAAACACCAGAUGCUGGAGCAUCAGAUGGAGGUGCGUGAGAAAGAGGUCCAGUCUCUGCAGUCACAGGCCCUAGUUCUGGCCCAAGAGGAUACUGGGAUAAUGGAGGUGGAUGGACAGCAGAGAAGGGUGACUGACAGCUUCGCUCAGCUGCAGGACCCUCUAAAACAGCGGAGGCAGCAUCUCCUCGCUUCAAAAGAGGCUCAUCAGUUCAACAGAGACCUUGAAGAUGAGAUAUUAUGGGUGAAGGAGAGGAUGCCCCUCGCCACAUCCACAGAGCAUGGCAAAGACCUGCCGAGCGUCCAGCUGCUCAUCAAGAAGAACCAGACUCUGCGGAAGGAGAUUCAGGGUCAUCAGCCGCGUAUCGAUGACAUCCAGGCUCAUGGUAUGAACAUGCCCCCUGGAAAGGAGUCCGAGGUGGACAAGGAGAGGAAAUCAGCUCUAGAUGGUCGUCUGGCAGAGCUGAGGGAAUUGUGGGCCCUCCUGAUUUCUGAGACAGAGCAAAGACAUGCGAGGCUAACAGAGGCAAACAAAGCACAGCAGUUUUACGCAGAUGCUGCAGAGGCCGAGGCCUGGAUGGGAGAACAAGAGCUUCAUAUGAUGUCAGAGGAGAAGGCAAAGGAUGAGCAGAGCGCUUUGGUGAUGGUGAAGAAACACCAGAUUCUGGAGCAGGCUCUGGAGGACUACGCCCAGACCAUCCACCAGUUGGCCAACAGCAGCAGACUGAUGGUGAACAGCGAACACCCAGAGAGUGAAAGAAUCACUUUGAGGCAGGCUCAGGUGGAUAAACUGUAUGCAGGGUUGAAGGAUCUGGCAGAAGAAAGGAGAAGCAAACUGCAGGAGAGACUGAGACUGACCCAGCUGAAGAGAGAGGUGGAUGAUUUAGAGCAGUGGAUCGCAGAGAGGGAAGUUGUAGCCGGAUCUCAUGAACUCGGACAAGACUAUGAACAUGUGACGAUGUUGCGUGAUAAAUUCCGGGAGUUUGCACGGGACACCAGCACAAUUGGUCAGGAGCGUGUGGAUGCAGUAAAUGCUCAGGCAGAUGAACUUAUAGAGUCAGGUCAUCCAGAGAACGCCAGUGUGGCUGAGUGGAAGGAUGGGCUCAACGAGGCCUGGGCUGACCUGCUAGAGCUCAUCGACACACGCACACAAAUGCUGGCUGCCUCGUACGAGCUGCACCGAUUCCAUCAGGAUGCCCGAGAAGCUCUGGGGCUCAUACGGGAGAAGAAGGAAACGCUAGCAGGGGCCAAACUUGGGCGAGAUCUGAACACUGUCCAGCACCUGCUUAGACAGCAUACAGCCUAUGAACAUGAUGUGCAGGCACUCAGUGGGCAGGUCAUGCAGGUGCAGGAUGAUGCAGCACGUCUGCAAAAAGCAUAUGCAGGAGAGAAAGCUGAGGACAUCCAACGCCACGAGCGUGCGGUCACAGAGGCCUGGGAGGGACUUCAGUCUGCCACUCAAGCCAGGCGGCUGCUCCUGUUGGACACAGUUGAGAAGUUCCGGUUCUUAAACAUGGUCAGAGAUCUCAUGCUGUGGAUGGAGGGAAUAAACUUACAGAUCCAGUCACAUGACAGUCCGAGGGAUGUCUCUUCAGCUGGUCUGGUCAUCGCCAACCAUCAGGACAUUAAGUCAGAGAUAGAGACUAGAGCAGACAGCUUCACUUCUAGCAGCGAAAUGGGACGCACCCUCAUGGACAAUAACCACUAUGCUUCAGAUGAGAUUCAAGAGAAAUUGGUUCAGCUUCAGGCCAAACGCACUGAAAUUAAUCAGAAGUGGCAAGAGAAAAUGGACCACUUACAGAUCGUUCUGGAGGUGUUACAGUUUAGCCGGGAUGCGUCCAUGGCUGAGUCAUGGCUGGCGGGGCAGGAGCCGUUGGUCAGGGCGGCAGAAUUGGGAUCUAAUGUAGACGAGGUCGAGAGUCUCAUCAAACGCCACGAAGCCUUUGAAAAACUGGCAGCAGGCUGGGAAGAACGCUUCACACUGUUAGAGAAGCUCACCACGCUGGAGGAACACGAGAUUCAAAGAAGAAGGGAAGAGGAAGAAAGAGCCCGGCGACCACCCACACCUCCUCCUGUAGAGGAAGUGGUACCAUCCGAGUUGAAUGAUUCUGCUGCAAGGACGAGUCUGGACCAGACGACAUUGAACCAGUCAGUAUCUGUCAAUGGUGCCUACAGUGACCAGGACACAUCACAGUCAUUAUCGGUCUCAGUAUCUGAACUCAAGAAACCUGAACCUAAACCAGAGACUAAACCUCAGUCUAACCCAGUUUCUAAGCCUGUGCCUAAACCACACAAGGCACAGGAGCGUGGAUCAGAAUCUGAGUCUGUAAAUGGUCCAGGCCGUGACAGUGGUCUGGACUCAGCAUCACGGCAAGACCCUUCAGCAACACUGCCAGGGCGAGGAGGAGCAGAGGCGGCAACAGAAGCAAUGGAGGGCAUGCUCUGCAGGAAACAGGAAAUGGAUUCGCACAGCAAAAAAGCAGCCACCAGAUCGUGGCAGAAUGUGUAUUGUGUAUUACGUAAAGGCAGUAUGGGCUUCUAUAAGGACAACAAAAGUGCCUCAAAUGGAAUCCCUUACCAUGGAGAAGUUCCCAUCAGCCUCAAUGAGGCUGUCUGUGAGGUUGCCCAUGACUACAAGAAGAGGAAACAUGUAUUUAAACUUAGGCUUGGAGAUGGAAAGGAGUUCUUGUUUCAAGCAAAGGAUGAGGCUGAAAUGAGCUCUUGGAUUCGAGCAAUCCAAACAUCCAUGUCAUCCGACGAACGUUCGCCAGGUGGCACACGGGGUCUGAGUCGGGCAAUGACCAUGCCACCCAUCUCUCCCAGCUCGGGCGAAGCAGGAGGUGUGGUCAUGCGCAACAAAGAAGGCAAAGAGAGAGACCGCGAAAAACGCUUCAGUUUCUUUGGCAAGAAGAAAUAAGCACCCAAAUAUGUCACCGAUCUCCACAAUGAGGGAAACAAGAGAUGGAAGUUUGUCAACACUCGAAAGAAACUGAAAAUGAUAGAAAAGGGGCAGCAAACUCGCAUGUCACAAUGUGAUACAUUUUUUACGUUCUUCAACUCAAUUUGUUUUUUAUUCGUCUCAUUUCACACAUGGAUCUUGUUCAAUUUCGCAUCCUAGCUAUCGUGGCACUUUUGGCCCGAAGUGUUGUAAAUCCACAGAGUUAGCCCUGUUAAUUGGGCUUCUCUGGAGAGGAGGGAGUGACAUUUCUGACUAAGACCAGCUCCCAAACUAAGAGCCAACGCAGUAGAGGCUUUGUGAAAGUUCAGCUCAUACCUUUCAAUUUGACUAGUUUCCUCUUCACUUUGUUUUUCCCCCUCAAAAUAGUUUUAGCUUUGCACUAGAUAGCUUUUCCAUACUGUAAUGUUUGAAAGACCAAGAGUGCUGUUUUGUUGUUUUCACCUGAUUAUUUCAUUUUUCUGUCUGAAUUUCAACUUCUCACUUUCUUUGUGAAGGACCACAAUCCUUUUUUGGCAUUGUUUUGGUAUAACUAAAGAUUUAAUUGUUAUUGCUACUAUUAAUAUUGUUUAUUUGCGUUUCUGAGUCCAUUUAAAAUUGAUUAUUUAAAAAAAAAAUUGUAAGUAUAGUUAGGUAUGGGUCAUGUUCAGAGAAAACAAAAACGGCCAUGAGUCAAAGGUUUGCGCUGGUCAACUACAUGCUCUUCUAACUGACAAUUUUUGCAUUUGUUCAUUUUACUAGAUAUGACUGUGUUGAAUGCUUUUUAUAUAAAAAAAAUUAUAGUUAUUUUUGGCUUGCAAGUUUAAGAGGGAAAAAAACUAUUUAUAACGGUUUUAGUUUUAUUUUAUCUUGGAGCUAAGAUUCUCUGUUCUCCCUCUUUCAUUCUGAUUGAGUGAUACCUUGAGAUGUAUGGGUUCUACAUUGUGUGACUUUUUCAUCAGUUCAUCUGUUCCCUUAACCUCAUCUCUUGUUGAAAAGACAGUGUUUGUGGUGAAAAUUGGAAUUUGAGGUGUGAUGCUGUGGUUUAGACUUUGGUUUUACUCUUGCUCUAAAGCAAACAGACAAAACACAAGAAUCCCUUGCACAAGCCAACAUUAAACUUACAAAGAAUUGUGAGGAGGGACAUAUAUUUUUUCCUCUUUCUUGAUAGUUUGAUUUGAAUAUGUAGAUGACCGAGUUUCCUAUUAAAGAGUUUUUCGGAUUGAUUCUCAGGCAUCAGUUUUACCAUUCACACACAGGCGUGCACGUUUUUCUCUCUUAACCCUAAACUUUACAUAUUUUUAUAGGGAUUAGCAUCUUUUCUGAUAGCUGAAGUAGGGAUUAGUGUCAGUGAUGCUCCUGAAGGUUGAUGCUGUUUUUUUAGGUGUGUGUGUGUGUGUGUGUGUGUGUGUGUACACAGAAGUUGCUUUCAGGUGUAUCAGUUGUGAAUGUGCUUAAACUCUGAAUGUGAAACAAAAUGACUUAGGCAUUCUUAUGUGGACCAAAUCAACAGUUUUUCCCCCUUCAUGGUGAAUGAGAUAAUCUGCUCCCUUUAUUUGUAAGAGUAUGAGUUACAAGAGAUUAUCUUCCUUGGAGGAAUGUGAAAUUUUUACAGCAUAAAUAUAUAAUUGCAGGUUUUAUACUUGCGGGGCAGGAGGGAAUUAUCUCCUGGUAACAGCAAAGUAACAUAAGGCAGGAUCCAUUACAAUCAACCAGACUAGAUUUCAAACAUACUUUUGCAGUUAUUCAAGAGCAUGAUGUGUAGGUUACAAAUGUACUGUGGCAUGAAAUCAGUAUUUUUGUAAGAUAAAGAUUUUUCUGCCUAUGAUUGUGAGAAAGCUUGCCUUGGUGUGUUGAUAUUAUUGUGAGGUUUUUUGAUGUCAUACAAUGAAGCCCCUUCCUCUGAUAUGAGUGGAGUAUACACUCUUAUGUCAAUCUUUUUUUUUUUUUUAGAUGGAGAUGCAUUUAAGGGGGUAAACAGAAAGCUGCUGUUUUUUCUGUGACGUUUGAUGUGAUGCAAAAUUAUACAGACUCCCUAUUAAACCUGGUCCAGCCCUCUAAAACAGCCAAUGACCAUCUUUCCAGUUUUCAGUGUCUGGAGAAUGUCACCAAAACAAACUUAAAAUUGAUUUUGAUAAGAUCAGAAAGGCAUCUUAUCAGAUCUGAUGUUCUCCUCCCUAAAGAAUAAAAGCGCCACUGAGGUUGAAAGAUGUAGACUAGUGAUUUUGCUCACUGAACACUGUCAUUGAGCAUUAAGAUUUGUUUAGCCUGAGCCUACAUGCAGAUAAGUUUGAGACUAUAUGUGCUACUGAAUUUAGUCACUACUUUUAGUUGUUUCCCGAGAUCAGUUCCAAAAUGCACUGGGUUAUAGUUUAUGUCUCACUUAUUUGCGCUGUUGAUUUUCUUUUCUGUUAUUUUCCUCUUUGUCACUAAGUUCUAGUCUUCUUUCUUCCCCCUCAUCUUUUUUUUAAUCUCUUGAGUGGGGAUGUUUUACACUGGCUAGAUGGUCAGCUGCAUUGUGGAAUAUAAGAGAAUCCAGAGAAGAGUCGAUUUAUGUGAAUUUCAAAGAUCUGGUUAGUGAAAUUUUAGGGCAAACGGAGAAUGAAUGAUAAUUUUAUUGUAAUAUGUUUAUACAGUCAGUUCUAAGAGUGAAAACUCAUCUCUCAGUAGGAGAGAGUGUUUCCUCAUAGUGCUGGGCAUUAAAUUAGAUAAAAUCUUAUUUUUAAGCGUCUUUUUUUCCUCAUCCAUUAAUAGGAUAUUGUGCAACAUUAUAAUGCGUCUUCAAAAAUAAUCCCACCAACUCAUUGAAGAACCAUAUGUUAAAGAAUAUCAAUUGUUAAUAUCACUACUAUUAUAUGUUAUUGUUAUUAUUAUAUAAAACUCAUUAUUAAUAUUACCAUUAUUAAUACUACUGCUGUUGCAACUGCACCUCGUGUAAAAUCUGCAGCCUAUUCCUGCUGAGUUUCUAGUCUGUAAUACCAAACCCCACCACUUGGGGGAAAGUGUGCUGUGAAGCAUUUUUUUUUUCAUUGCUGAUGUUAACAAGAAAAAGACUUGUUUGUGUAUCUACAUCUAAUAUUAGGAAUAAAACAUGGUUUGAAAAGAAA